AUGAGCUUGGCACCAGCCGGGAAAGUGUUUUCAUGUAGGCGUUCCCUAAUGCUGCCACUCUCUUCCUGUGGGAAGAAAGUGGGAGGGAGGAGGAGAGGAAGGGAGGAAAGGGGAGAGGAGGGAUGCAGGAGCACACCUUACCCUCUUUACAAGGCACAUCCUCAAAGCACACCAUUAGAAACCACCACUGCACCACCCACACUGUCCAAGCAUUGUCUGAAUCUCUGCAGGAUGAGGAUCUGGUCAAGGGCCAAGUAUCUGGAGAGCAGUCUAGUGCUGCUCGGUCUUGUAACGCUGGCUCUGUCUCUGGGUAAUCUCUCAGGUAGAGGACAGGAAGAGGGUGUUGCCUCUAACAGUCUAGAGGACGGGCUGGAGGUGAUCACGCACUGGUGGGGAGAGUGGACAAAAUGGACCGCCUGCACGCGCACCUGUGGAGGAGGAGUCAUGUUACAGGAGAGACACUGUCUACAGCAAAGAAAGAAAAUAACCACCAGUGAAGACAACAUGACAUGCACAGGCAAUGCAAAAAAGUAUCAUCUCUGUAAUGCAAAGGAAUGUCCUUCUACAGGAAGGAGCUUCAGAGAAGAGCAGUGCUGGUCAUUCAACUCUCAGGUUUACAAUGGAAAAAGUUACCACUGGAAACCUCUCUAUCCCGAUGACUACGUUCAUAUCUCCAGCAAUCCAUGUGACUUGCACUGCACCACCUCUGAUGGUCAAAGACAGUUGAUGGUACCUGCACGUGAUGGAACAUCUUGCAAGUACAGCAACUACAGGGGUGUGUGUGUAAAUGGGAGAUGUGAACCCAUUGGAUGUGAUGGUGUCCUCUUCUCCCCCAACACACUGGAUAAAUGCGGCGUGUGUCAGGGAGAUGGGAGCAGCUGCACUCGCAUUACUGGGAACUUUCGCCAUGGGGCUUCUAGUUUAGGCUAUUCUUUCAUAACUCAAAUCCCAGAAGGAUCAUGGGACAUACAGAUUAUAGAGAGGAAGAAGUCUGCAGAUAUCCUGGCUGUGACUGACCAAGCAGGGAACUUUUUCUUCAAUGGUGCAUAUAAAGUGGACACCCCUCAGAACUUCCACGCAGCAGGGACCAUUUUCAAAUACCGGCGGCCUACUGAUGUGUAUGAGACGGGGAUCGAGUACAUCGUGGCAAAAGGGCCCAUCGAUCAGCCCAUCAAUGUUCUGGUCUGGAACCAAAAUGGCCAAAAUCCUUAUAUCACCUACGAGUACACAGUGAUGAGGGAAUCUAUGGCUUCUGUCUCCCAACCCCCCAUUUACACGGGCCCCCAAGGAGGAUCCAGUCUGGUGUCUGUGGAGAUCGGGAGUGUUUUACACCAUAAUGAGAGCAUGUAUGAUAAGACAGUCCCUGAGAUGAAGGGAAACCAGGUACGGACCACUGGACCACGGGCUGUGGAAGGACAAAAGCCUGGCCAGGAAACUAAUGAAGUGUACGAGACAGCGAACAUUAAUUGUGAGCAGGAUAGUAACACACAAGUCCAGUAUACAGAGGGGAACUGCAGCUGGCCGAGUGGAGUAGGAGCCCCUGGUGUAGCACCCGCGAGCAGACCUGCGGAGGACAUAGAAAACUCUGAAAACCUCAUCUGGAGAGUGCUGCUGGGAGAGCGGAUUGGCUCCAAUGGUGUUCUUGCCAACAUCUCAACCAAUCAGCUACUUACUCGAAGAGAUGGCUUGUCCUCUGAAGGCCCUCUGGAGUUAGACUACAGCAGUCUUGAGCAAUCAGGUCUUAAUGGCUCACUGCUUGAGUUCACCAUCGGGCACCGGCGAAAUGACACAGGGGACGUCCUGCUCCUAAACAGAACUGCUACUACCUUUUCACACAAUCGCAGCAAUCGCACCAGGAAUAACCAAAGACUCCUUCAGAAGAACAAACCGAGUGCUGCUGACAUGUACCGCUGGAAGUUGUACUCACAGGAGCCCUGCAGUAUGACCUGCUCAAUAGGUGUGUCGAAAUCACUUUCCAUGUGUGUGCGGUAUGAUGGCAUUGAAGUGGAUGAUGUUUAUUGUGAUGCUUUGACUCGACCAGAGCCAGUUCAUGAUUUCUGCAUUGGCAGAGAAUGCCAGCCUAGAUGGGAGGCAAACAGCUGGAGUGAGUGUUCUCGGACCUGUGGAGAAGGUUUCCAGUUUCGCCUCGUGCGUUGCUGGAAGAUGCUGGCUCCUGGCCUAGACAGCUCAGUGUACAGUGACCUCUGUAUAGAGGCACAACUAGAGCGCCCCCCAGAGCGCCGGUCAUGUAAAAGCCCCACUUGUGGCCCUCAGUGGGAGGUAGCUGAGUGGUCUGAGUGUCCAGCUAAAUGCGGUCGCAGGGGUCUUAUUACUCGAGAUGUCAGAUGCUCAGAUGAAACCCAUGCAUGUGAUGAGACAACUCACCCAGCAUCUACCAAAAACUGCACCGGACCUCCUUGUGAGCGCCAAUGGAUAGCGUCUGAGUGGGGACCGUGUUCAGGCAUCUGUGGGCAUGGAAAAACAGUGCGGCAUGUGUACUGCAAAACACUAGAGGGUCGAGUGGUACCUGAGUCUCAGUGCCCACCUGAGAACAAACCUCUGGCCAUUCACCCCUGUGGAGACCACGAAUGUCCUCCACACUGGCUGGCCCAAGACUGGCAGAGGUGCAACACAACAUGUGGACGCGGUGUGAAAAGAAGGGCUGUGCUGUGUGUCAGCAUCACGGACGGGAUGGUCCAGAUCCACGAGGAUGAGGAAUGUGACGGCAGCAAGAGGCCAGUAGAUGAGGACACCUGCUUUGAGAGGCCUUGCUUCAAGUGGUACACAACACCAUGGUCUGAGUGCACCAAGACUUGUGGUGUCGGUGUGCGAAUGAGAGAUGUGAAGUGUUAUCAGGGAAGAGAGCUUGUUCGUGGAUGCGACCCUUUGAGCAAACCUGUUAACAAGCAGACCUGUGCACUCCAGUCCUGCCCCACCGAACCUCCAGAUGAACACUGCCAGGAUCGUCCCACCACCAACUGCUCGCUGGCUCUGAGGGUGAAUCUGUGCAGUCACUGGUAUUACAGUAAGGCCUGUUGCCAUUCUUGCCAUAGUCUUCGAGGUUCCUAG